AUGAUGACUGGGUGUGACAAUCCUAUUUUAUAUUCUGAGAUUUAUAAACUUCUUCCCAAAAAUAUACAAAAUAAAUUAGAAGAAAGAAUGUUUGAGGAAAAUAUUGGAAUGGCUUUACUCGUUAAUUUGGAAAGGUGCUUUUAUUUUAUUAAACUAAUUUGUGCUGAUACUUUUCCUUGUCGAUUGUUAUAG